GUUUUAGUCUCAAAGGCAGCUGGUUGAAGACAGAAUUAAGACACACUGAGUAAAAAACCAACCAUGAGGGAGCAUUUAUAUCUUUUCAUCUUUAUGCUUCAUUUCAGUACAGGCUGUAUUGUUUCAGAUGUGGACCAUACAAUAGAUAUAACCGGAUACACAGGUGCUUCAGUUGUGCUGCCCUGCUCUUGUCCUGACUCUCAGUCUACAGACACGACGUUCACCUGGGAGUUUCAGCGGGGAAAUCGAUGGAUUCAAGUAUCUGAAGAUGAGAAAUACAGCGGCAGACUUGUGCUGUUUAAUGAACAUUCUCCAACAAAUCUGUCUCUUCUCAUUUCUGACCUCAGAAUAAAUGACCAGGGCUACUAUAAGUGUACGACUCAAACAAAUAGUGUUACAUUUGUUGAAUUAAAAGUUAAAGGCUGUGAUUUGGUUAAGUACAGCAGGACACUAGUAGUAACUGGAUAUUCAGGAGAGUCUGUGGUUCUUCUCUGCUCCUGCUCUGAACUACUGGCUAAACCUCAACAGAUCAAAUGGGUGUAUUUCAUUAACAAUGAAUAUGAAGAAAUUUACCCAAAUGAACAGAUUGAGAAUUUCAAGAACAGAGUCAAGCUGUUAAAUCCAAACACUCCAGGAGAUCUUUCUCUACACAUAUCAGCACUGACCUCAAAGGACCAAGGGCACUAUCAGUGUGUCUCGUCUCAGCAAGUAAACUCCUUCAGUCUUAAAGUACUUCAUGACGAAGAGCAUAUAAUCAGUUUAUCAACACCUCAACCAUCACAUCAAACACAAGAACGUCCAUCACCUCAACCAUCACCUCAAACAUCACCUCAAACACUUCAGAAUGUUUUCAUCUUAGUGGCUGUUUUUUCUGUGCUGCUGUUACUGGCAUUUCUGGCAUUAUCUUCUAGAUAUGGAGAGGAUGAAGUGCCCUGUUCUGAUGUAGUCUACGUUAGCACCACAUCUACACCUGCUCAUGUACAGAAUGACCUGGCACAGCUCCCUGAAUACGCCAAUACCAAAACUAAAACUUGAAAAUUAGAUUUUUUUCAUUUUAUACCAUAGAAUUCAUAUUGACUGUGUUUAGCCUAGCAAUAGAUCUUAUAAUUUUGAGAUUACAUGUAUGUACAAAAAGCCACUUGACUCAAAGUGGGAACCACUGAAGCGUAAUAAGUUCUCGCCUAUAACGUGAGUGUAUGUACAAUAUAUUAAAUCUGUUUCUGAGCGACAUCUUAAAACAGCUAUGGUUUGUGUAAUGAUUGGUAACUGAGGCAAAAGCACUAUACUAAAGGUCUUAUAAUGUCCUGCCUUCUGGCAAACAUAAACAUGUCAUAAUUAUUAUUGCCAUUGUAGUGGAUACAAAAUGAAACUUUAAACAAUGAUUGUGAGUAGAUUAUCAAAUAAUGUUUGUUUAUAAAAAUGUUCAAAAAGCACACGGAUUCUAUAUUUAAUGAGAAAUGAAAUACUAAGAUAUAUGUUCAAUAACUUUUACAAUGUGUAAUAUAAAAGGAACACAACGAGCGUGCGAGAAUGACUUGAUUAGUUUGUCUAAUGGAAACGAGUAACAGACAGACAGAAUGAAUCAGCUAAUAAAAGGAAUUACAUGAAGUGGUUUAUUGUGUGAGCAUGUGCGUGACUGGUAGAAGCAGCAUCUGUGUGUAUUUCAGUGUGUGCGGGUGACUGUGGUUUUACGUGGAAAAAACAAAUGUAUAAAAUGUAACGAUGAGUUACUGAAUGUGCUCUUCUGUUUUCUUGUGUAUAGCUUCUUUCAUGCUUUACGCACAUUAAAUGUGACUCAAUAAUUAGCUCAAGUACAACUAAAGGUUAAUGGCUGUUAGUCUUUGCCAUAUCUCCAGCUGUUUUUACAAUCAAAAUGAAAAUAUAUGUAUAUAUUUGUAAUAGAUUUGACAGUAGAAAGGGUUUUGUGGCCUCUGUCUAUCAAACACACAGCACACAGAUACAGCACUGAUCUGUUAUGACACAGACUGUAGUUAAAAGACAGAUAAUAGCGCGUUUACCGCUUCUGUGGGUUUAAAGUGGCGUAAUGCUCAUUUGUGUUUAAACAGAAAAAAAGGAAGGACAAGAAAAAUGAGACAGCGUGCAAUUCUACAGUAACAUAUUUUUAAAACGGAGGUUUUCAGUGUUAAGGCAGACGGAGCGUUACUAUACU